CGAGAACUACAAAUUCCGACUUGCUUGAUAAUCGCGGCGACGCUAUUUAAAAAGCGUCAGAGAGGAGGUGCCUGGCCACGCCCUCUCUUUCAGUCUCGCUCUUCAGAUGAGCGGCGGAGGGGGGCGGAGCCUCGGCCCGAGCCAAGAUGGCGGCUGCAAGGCCAGCCCCCACGGACUCGCUCUCGUUCUGCCUCGCGCAGCUCACGGCGGCGGCCGGGGAGGGUCUGGGUGGGGGAAAGGACACGGCUACCAACGAGACACCCUUAGGCCGUGCGCUUUUAGCCCUCCGCACGCGCCACGUCAAGGCAGCAGGGGGAAUCGAACGCUUCCGGGCACGCGGCGGGCUCCGCCCCCUUCUUGCGCUGCUACGGCGAGCGGCUACGGCGGACCCCGCCCCGCCCCAGGCAAGCCCUGGCUCCGCCCCUUCGGCGAUUUCUGCUGGUCCCGCCUCCCCGUCGGGCUCCGCCCCUUCUGCGUCCUCAUCGACGUCUUCACUGCCAGCGCGCCUGCGCAAGACGCUGGACUUGGGCCUCAGCAUCCUAGCCAACUGCUGUACGGAAGGGGCGUGCCGGACGGAAGUGCGCAGACUCGGAGGCAUUCUCCCUUUGGUGACCAUUCUUCAGUGUGUGAAGACAGACAGCAUCCAGAACCGAACAGCCCGUGCUCUGGGGAACUUAGCCAUGGAACCUGAGAGCUGUAGGGACAUCCACUCUGCUGGUGCUGUUCCCCUGCUCCUUGAGAGCCUGACGGCCUGCCAGGACUCUCAGUGCUUGCAGAGCGUGGUGCGUGCCCUCCGCAACCUUGCAGACUCCCCCCAGCACCGCUUGGCCCUGGCACAGCAGGGAGCAGUGCGUCCACUGGCUGAGCUCUUGGCCGCUGCCCCAGACCCUGCACUGACUUCAGCCCUAGUCCGUGCCCUCCUGGAGCUGAGCCGAGGCUGUUCCCGGGCCUGUGCUGAGCAGCUAAGUCUGGGCGGCGGGCUGGGCCCACUUGUCAGCCUGGCCUCUCACCCCAAACGAGCCGUGCGUGAGGCAACCAUCCUGACCCUUGCCAACCUGUGUGCCCAGGGCCUGGUCCGGCCUGCACUGGGCAAUGCUGGUGGCGUGGAGGUGCUGCUAGGAGAGCUCCGGCGGCGCCGGGGCCCUAAUGGGGCCAAUCCGGCCUCCCAGCAGCCCCUGGUGCGGGCUGUCUGCCUGCUGUGCAGGGAGGCCAUCAACCGGGCCCGGCUGCGCGACGCUGGUGGUCUGGAGCUGCUGAUGGGCCUGCUUCGUGACUCUCGUGCCAGAGCCUGGCACCCUCGUGUUGUUGCUGCCCUCGUGGGCUUCCUCUAUGAUACUGGGGCCCUGGGCCGGCUGCAGGCUCUGGGACUUGUUCCCCUCCUGGCUGGGCAGCUGUGUGGUGAGGCUGGUGAUGAAGAAGAAGAGGGUAGAGAAGCUGCUUCCUGGGACUUCCCUGAGGAGCGGACCCCCGAGCGGACAGAGGCUGGAAGCUUCCGAAGCCUCAGGUCAUGGCUCAUUUCAGAGGGCUAUGCUGCUGGCCCUGGAGACAUCUCUCCCGACUGGUCCCCUGAGCGCUGCCCGCCACUGGAGCCCUCUGAGCCAUCCAGCCCUACCCCAGGCCCGACCCAACUGCAGACACCACGUGUAGUGUGCACCCCCAGACGCAGCUCUGCCACCAGCACAGAGGAGCCUUGGGGUCGUGAGGGGCCAGCGCUUCUGCUGCUGUCACGCUUCUCCCAGGUGCCCGACCCAAGUGGGGCGCUUGUGACAGGCCCAGCGCUGUGCGGCCUGCUAGCCUACGUGACAGGUGCACCUGGCCCACCAAACCCGCGCGCCCUGCGCAUCCUGGCGCGCCUCACCUGCAACCCUGCUUGCCUGGAGGCCUUUGUGCGUAGCUAUGGUGCAGCGCUACUGCGAGCCUGGCUUGUGCUCGGUGUCGCUCCUGAUGACUGGCCUGCACCGUGUGCCCGGCCUGCCCUCCGCAGUCAGCACCGGGAACUAGGCGAGAUGCUGCUGCAGAACCUGACCGUACAGGCCGAAUCUCCCUUUGGAGUGGGUGCCCUCACCCAUCUGCUGCUCUCUGGGAGCCCUGAGGACCGUGUGGCCUGCGCACUGACCCUCCCCUUCAUCUGCCGGAAACCCUCUCUGUGGCGUCGGCUACUUCUGGACCAGGGCGGCCUCCGUCUCCUCCUCGCAGCACUGACUCGGCCGGCCCCACACCCACUCUUCCUCUUCUUUGCCGCGGACUCUCUUUCCUGCCUCCAAGGCCUGUUGUCUCCCACUGUGAGCCCAGUCCUCCCACCUGCAAUCCCUGUGGACCUAGACCUGCCCUCCCCUUGCCUCUAUGAAUCUCUGCUGGGUCCGGCCCCUGUCCCAGCCCCUGACUUGCACUUCCUACUGGACUCAGGCCUACGACUCCCUGCCCAGCGGGCCACCUCAGCUACCGCCUCCCCAUUCUUCCGGGCCCUGCUUGCUGGCAGCUUUGUUGAAGCUCAGAUGGACCUGGUGCCACUUCGAGGCCUGUCACCCAGUGCAGCCUGGCCUGUCCUGCAUCAUUUGCAUGGCUGCCGGGGCUGCGGGGCUGCUCUAGGGCCUGUGCCCUCACUGGGCCAGCCCUUGCUCGGCUCAGAGGCUGAGGAGGCCCUGGAGGCUGCUGGUCGUUUCCUGCUGCCCGGGCUGGAGGAGGAGCUGGAAGAGGCUGUGGGCCGUAUUCACCUGGGGCCCCAGGGUGGCCCAGAGUCGGUGGGUGAGGUGUUCCGCCUGGGACGGCCCCGGCUGGCUGCCCACUGUGCUCGCUGGACACUGGGGCCGGGCCAGUGCCCACGGAAGCGGGCUCUGGCCCUGGUGGGGCUUGUGGAGGCAGCGGGUGAGGAGGCAGGGCCUCUGACUGAGGCUUUACUGGCUGUGGUGAUGGGGGCUGAGGCAGGGGGCAAGAGUCCCGGUGUAGACUAUUGAUGCCCCCUGGGAGGGGAUCUGCAGCUGGAUCAGCUGGGAGGGAGGCCUCCCUCUGUGGUGACAUUGAAGGGCUCCUGGCAUGGGAGGAGGUUGAGCAGAAGGAGUCACCAUCAAGGACCAAGGAGAGGAUGGAACCAGACACCAGGAUAUGAAGACCCAGGAGUGAGAAGCAUGGCCAGAGCCUGGUAAUGGGGCCCAAGAGAUGAAGAGUGGCCCAGGGCCCCAGAAACCUGGCCUGACCCAACCCUCUAGAGUUGAGAUUAAAAGACUCUGGAGUUGGUCACCCCCAUUGUGUGAUGUCUCUGCUUACUUUCCUGUGGGAGUCCCUCCACCCUUUAACCAUCAAGCAGGGUCUUGUCCUGGUCUCUUGUGGUUGGACAUAGUCCAUUCUUGACAUGUAGAAGUUUAAUAAGUAAUUGUCCGUUGGUUCCUUGAGUCCUGGGAUAGGAUACAGUUCACAGGCAUCUCCCAAGGAUAUGGUUUUGAGCCCCGGGCAAGUCUGCUUCCUGCUCAUGGGACUUCAUUGCUCAGACACAGCUACCAGAGGAUACAGCCAUUGGUCAGGACUGAGACGGUCAUGCAGAAGAGAUGCUGAGAGUGUGUAGGCAUGUGUGUCUGAGACCUUGGUAUUAACAUUUCCUGACUGUACUUUGUCCUUGGGCAUUCAAGUGUCUAGGUCUAUUUCCAUCUCUUGGGCCAAGUGUUCUGGCAUCUGCCAGAGGGGAGACCUGCUGUGCUCCUGGUGUCUCUAAUGCCCUGUCUUGGUCAUGCUCAGAGAGAGCCAAAGCUCUGGGCUGGUACUCAGAUGAGGGAGGACUCACAAUGCUUUGAUUUCCAAGGUAGGGUCUCCAUCACCCGGUUCCCACAUCCCCUUGAACCCUCAAGGGACAAUCUCUGACUUUCAGAAUGCUGGACUGCACUGGCUGGGCUUUGCCUCUAGGGGGCUAAGGUUGGCACUUGCUAUCUCUAUGCUUCUGUGGGUAUUUGUCUAGGUCUCUGGUUUUCAGGUUGUACAUUAGAACCACCCAGAGAACUUUGAAAAAUUACAAAUGCACUUAACAAAAAGACAACCUAAUCAUAAGGUGGGCAAAGAACUUGAGUAGACAUUUCACCAAAGAGGACAUUCAAAUGGCCACCAAACACAUGAAAAGAUGCUCAAUGUCAUUGGUCAUCAGCGAGAUGUAAACCAAAACCACAAAGAGAAACCAUUUCACUCCCACUAGGAUGGCUAAGAUAAAAAAAAAAAAAAUGCUGGCAAGGAUGUAGGGAAAUUGGAAACUUUAUCCAUGGCUGGUGGAAAUGCACAGUGAUACAGUCUUUGUGGAAAAUAGUGUGAUGAUUUCUCAAAAACCUAAAAAUAGAACUACCAUAUGUCCCAGCAAUUCCACUCCUAGGUAUAUACCCAAAAGACUUGAAAGAGACUCAAACAGAUACUUGUACACCAAUGUUUAUUGCAGCACUAUUCACAAUAGCCAAAAGAUGAAAACUGCCUUAAUGCCCAUCAACAGAUGAAUGGAUAAACAAAAUGUGGUAUAUACAUGCAAUGGAAUACUAGGUAGCCAGUAAGAGAAACAAAGUCUUGAUACAUGCUACAAUGUGUGGAGGUUGACUACAUUAUGCUGAGUGAGGGAAGUCAAUCACAAAAGACAAAUAUUGCAUGUCCUCACAUUUAAAAAGAACAGGCAAGCAUAUAGAGACCAAAGUUUCUUGGUUACCAGGGGCAGGAGGGAGGGGGAAGGAGGGGUUAUUGCUUACAGAGUACUGCGGUUCAGUUUACAGUGAUGGAAAAAUGGCAUUUAUCAAGGCUAGGGUUGCACAGCUGAUGAAUGUAAUUGUUGUUAAGAAGUACACCUGUAAAAAGUUGAAUUGGCAAAUUUUGUGUGGUAGACAUAUUUACAAUGACAAAAAAAAAAGUUGCUGAGGCUGCUUAUGUACAAACACACCUCAUGGGAUUCGGUUCCUUGUUUUGGAGGUUUAGGGUCAUGGUUUCAUGGGACAUCCCAGUUAAUUGGCCUGAUAACAUAUUGAGUGCUUCUAUUCUACCUCCUAAAGCUUGCUGGUGGCCAUCCAAGACACAGUAAUUCUCUCUAUUCACCUUGAGCAUCAGAGGAAAAAAGAGAAUGAGGAACAGGAAGAGAAAACAGAACAUGUGACUAAUUCCCUCCAUGAACAACUGCUUCCUUUGCCAUGAGACCAGAAGAACUGGAUGGUGCCCAGCUACCAUCACCAAACGUUUUGAUUAAAGAUCCUGUGGAAGACUCAUGAUCAAAAGGGGGAAGAUGUAGAACAGAAUUUCAAAUUUUCAUGGACUCCAGACUUUCUAGAGCCAUGGAGGCUGGAUGUAUCCCUGAAACUACUGCCCUGAGAUAAUCUUUAAACCUUAAACCAAAAAUAUCCCCUGAAGUCUUCUUAAGACCAAAAAUAGUUUAACUUAUCUACUAGAGUACAAGGUCAGCGGAAAAGAGGAAGACCCUCAAGAGGCAGAUUGACACAGUAGCUGCAACAAUGGGCUCAAGCAUAACGAUUAUAAGGAUGGUGCAGGACUGGGCAGUCUCAUUCUGUUGUGCAUAGGGUCUCUCUGAGUCAGUACCAACUCGACAGCACCCACCAACAACAAAACUACUAAAGAAUGUCUGCCUUGAGCAUUGUCUUUUAAGAUGUAUCUAUAUGGGAUCAAACUGACAACAGCAAUUCAAAAGAUUAGCUAGGAAACUUAGGGAGCAGUGAGUUUAUGUUAAUGGAGGAGGAAAAACUCACAGGAGUGUGAGAAUGGUUGCACAACUCGAAGAAUUUAAUCAAUGUAACUGAAUUAUAGAAACUUGAAUUGGUGUAGGUUCUGCUGUGUAUACUCUCAACAACCCACAGUCCAGCGCUCAGGACUAUCUGACAGACUGACUACAGCACAACCGUGUGUAUCCAAAAAAAAAAAAAAAUACCUAUCCCUAAAAAAAAUUUCCACUUUGUUUC